AGUUCUGCUCCGAUCGCGCCACUGCGCACUACGUGUCGCCGCUCAUAUUCUCAGUUUCUGUUUCUGUUUCUGUUUUCAGAUAUUCAGAUAUUCAGAUAUUCAAAUAAUCAGAUAUUCAGAUAUCUGCGACAUUUCGUCGAUUUCGUUUUCAGUCAAUUGCGGCGCUAAAAUGUAAAUUCGAACGGAGAAAGAACAGUAAUUGAGUAGUUCGCGAUAAGAACUUUCGACUCUCGACUUCAAUGACUAUGUUUUGGCAUCAAAAUGUAGAUCAAUCGGCGGAUCAGGAGAACAAACAGCAAAAUAAUGCAGGUCCCAUGAAGAGACUGAACAUUAGCUUUAAUGUAAAGAUCGCGGUGAAUGUGAACACCAAGAUGACCACCACCCACAUAAAUCAACCGGCAGCCAAUGUACAAUCCGCACCCGCCGUACCCAGCAAAAUAGUGGUCCAUCAGCAGAGCAGCACACUCGAUCUUCGCCAGCAAUUGGCCCGUUUGGGUCGCCAGUUGACCAGCGGUCAGGAUGGUCACGGUGGCAUAUCCACGGUGCUGAUCAUCAACCUCCUGCUGCUCAUUCUCCUCUCCAUCUGCUGCGAUGUCUGCCGAUCGCACAACUACUCGGUGCACCAGAGUCCGGAACCCGGCAUGAAGGACCAAAUCGGCCUGUUGCGGCCCAAACUGGACAGCGAUGUGGUGGAGAAGGUAGCCAUCUGGCACAAGCACGCCGCAGCAGCACCGCCGAGCAUCGUUGAGGGAAUUGCCAUCAGCAGUAGGGCACAGACCUCCGUGGCUCCAGUUUCGGAUCCGAAUCCGAAUCCGAAUCCCCCAGAGGAGCAUCAUGGAGUCGACGAGCGGGUAGUCCUUGAACGGGUCACUCGUGACUGUGUCCAGCGAUGCAUCGUUGAGGAGGAUCUGUUUCUGGACGAGUAUGGGAUACAGUGCGAGAAGGCGGACAACAGCGACAAGUGCUACAAAACACGGUGCACCAAGGGCUGUGCCCAGUGGUAUCGCGCCCUCAAGGAGCUGGAGUCCUGCCAGGAGGCCUGCUUGUCGCUGCAGUUCUACCCGUUCGACAUGCCCUGCAUCUCGUCCUGCGAAAUGGCCCAGCGGGACUACUGGCACCUGCAGCGACUGGCCAUCAGUCACCUGGUGGAGCGGACGCAGCCGCAGCUGGAGCGGGCUCCACGGGCGGACGGCCAGGCCAUGCCGCUCACCAUCCGCUGGGCGAUGCACUUCCCGGAGCAGUACCUGGCCAGCCGACCCUUCAACAUCCAGUACCAGUACGUGGACCACCACGGCGAGGAGCAGGACCUCGAGCAGGACCUCGAGCAGGACGAUCAGGAUCGCUCGCAGGAUGCACCAGUGGCUAGUGCCUGGUUCAACCUGGCGGACUAUGACUGCGAUGAGUACUACGUCUGCGAGAUACUGGAGUCCCUCAUACCCUACACCCAGUACAGGUUCCGUUUCGAGCUGCCUUUUGGCGAGAACACUGACGAGGUGCUCUACUCCCCGGCCACGCCCGCCUACCAAACGCCCCCCGAGGGCGCGCCCAUCUCGGCCCCGGUCAUCGAACACUUGUUGGGCCUGGACGACUCCCACGUGGCAGUCCAUUGGCAUCCGGGUCGAUUCACCAAUGGACCCCUCGAAGGAUACCGCCUGACCAUGAGAUCCUCCCAAGGAAACUUCACAGCUGAGCAGCUGGUUCCUGCGGGACGAGGUAGCCUAAUCUUCUCCCGUUUGGAAUCGGGAACCAAUUACACGCUGGAACUGGCGAUGAUCAACAAACAGGGCGAGGGUCCACUGGCCACGGGGUUUGUGGAAACGCAUGCCUCCCCAAGUGAUAGACCUGUAAAGGAUCUGACUGGGGGUGUCCUGCUGGCAGGACGAAGGGCUGUCAUGUGGCAGUCCCUGGAACCGGCCGGUGAGAGCUCGAUGAUCUAUCAGUCCCAGGAGGAACUGGCCGAUGUGGCCUGGUCACAGCGAGAUCAGCAGUUGUGGCUGCUAAACGUCCAUGGGGAAUUGAGCAGCCUAAAAUUUGACUCGGGACAGAUGGUGAGUCCGGUGCAAAAGCUGACGCUGGACCUGGCCAACAUCUCCAGUGGCCAGUGGAUGACACCCCGGAGGCUGAGCUUCGACUGGCUGCGCCAACGCCUGUACCUGGCCGUGGAAUCGUUGGACCCCAGCCAGGCCAAAUCCAAGUGGCAGUUCAUCAGCACGAAUUUGGAGGGCGGAGCGGUGGAUGCUGCCGUUGAGGGUGAAUCCCUCGAACUGCCGGUGGAGCAGCUUGAAGUGGAUGCCCUGAAUGGCUGGCUCUUCUGGCGCGACGAGGAGACCCUGUGGCGUGAGGACCUUCAUGGCCGGAUGCGCCAUCGUCUGGUGAGGAUCAGACAGCCGGGCUGGUUUGUGGUGCAGCCGCAGCACUUCCUCAUCCGCCUGAUGUUGCCGCACGAAGCUAAGUGCCUGCUGCUGAGCUACGAUGGUGGGUUCAGGCAGCACCUUCCCCUGCCCCAGCAUCCCGAUGGCUCGUCAGCUGCCUGGCAGACCUUUGCCCUGGUGGAUCACUCGCUGCUUCUGCCAACGGCUAGCCAACUGUUGCUGGUGCCGGAGGAGGAGGAGUCACAGGAGGCUCAGGCCUCAGUGAGUGGCACGUGGCCGCUGAGGCAAUUGCCCGACUGCUGGGCAGCCAUACUCCUCGACCCUCGAGGUCAGCCACUGACCCUGGGCGGAGGCCGGCCCCACAGCCUUAAGGCCCAGCUGGGCGCCCAGGCGGCCAAGAUCUCGUGGCGGGAACCCGCUCGCAAUCCCUAUCAAUCGCAGGACGCCGCUCGCAGCUGGAGCUAUGAGCUGGAGGUGCUGGACGUGGCCAGCCAAAGUGCCUUCAGCAUACGCAACAUUCGCGGGCCAUUCUUCGGGCUGCAGCGUCUGCAGCCGGACAAUCUCUAUCAGCUGCGGGUGCGGGCCAUGCCCAGUGGUGUGGAUGUGGAUGGGGAACCGGGCGAGUGGACGGCUCCACUGGCGGCCCGCACCUGGCCCCUCGGACCACAUCGUCUGAGCUGGCUGAGUGGACGAGGAGGACCUAUGCGCACCACCAACGAACUGGGCGAGGGACUGGAGGUGCUGCAGGAGCAGCAACUGGAGCCAUCAGCCGGACCCCUGACCAGGAUUAACGAGAGCGUGGCCUACUAUGUGAGCGGCGGGGGGCGGCUGCACUGCAUCCGCCUGCGGCACGGCCAGGGUGGAUGUCCGCUGGCUGAGCCAGUGCAGCAUGUGGGCGCCGUUGCCUACGAUUGGCGGGGCGGCGGAAUCUACUGGACGGAUCUGGCCAGGAAGUGUGUGGUGCGCAUGGAUCCCUGGUCGGGCAGUCGCCAACUGUUGCCCAUCUUCGAGGCCCGUUCCCUGGCCCUCGAUCCGCGCCAGGGUCACCUGUACUAUGCCACCGGGUCGCAUCUCGUGCGGCAUGGCGCCACGUCCGAUGAGGAGGUCACCUACUAUCGCGUCAACGGACUGGAGGGCAGCAUUUCAUCCUUCCUGCUGGACACCCAGCUGGAUCAGCUCUACUGGCUGGUCAGCGGAGCUGCCGCCCUGCGUCUCUAUCGUGCUCCAUUGAGCCCAGCUGACGGGGAUUCACUGCAGUUGCUCCACCAGGUGGGAGCUGACCUUCAGGCAGUGCCACUGAGUCUGCAGCUGCUGCGUCCCCUGGGCGCCCUCCUCUGGCUGGAGGGGAGUGGCCGGCGGGCACGCCUAGUCCGCCUCACUGCCCCCCAAGAUGUAAUGGAGCUGCCGACGCCGGCCGAAGUCUCGCCAGCCUCUGCCCUCCAGUUGCUCGAUGGCCUGGCUGUGCCGCCGCCAGACGAGGGUGUCGUACCCCUGGCCGUCGCCCCGGACAGCAUACGCCUGGACGAUGGCCACUGGGAUGACUUCCAUGUGCGCUGGCUGCCCUCGACGACGUCCGGGAAUCACAGUGUCUCCUAUCGCCUGCUCUUGGAGUUUGGCCAACGCAUACAGACCCUGGAUCUGAGCACUCCCUAUGCCCGAUUGACCCAACUGCCGCAGGCCCAACUGCGUCUGAAGAUCAGCAUUACGCCGCGCACCGCCUGGCGCAGUGGUGCCACCACCAGGGUGCAGCUCACCACCCCGCCGGCGGCACCGACGCAGCCACGUCGCCUCAGGGUCUUUGUGGAGCGCCUGUCCACCGCCCUGCAGGAGGAGGCCAAUGUGAGUGCCCUGCUCCGUUGGGAUGCCCCGGAGACCCAGGGCGGCCAGGAGGUGCUGAUGGCGGUGCCGGUGCAGGCCCUGGAGUAUCACAUCAGCUGCUGGCUGGGCACCGAACUGCACGCAGAGAUGCGUCUCAACCAGAGCGCCCUGGAGGCGCGAGUGGAGCAACUGCAGCCGGACCACACCUAUCACUUUCAGGUGGAGGCACGGGUGGCGGCCACUGGAGCGGCUGCGGGGGCAGCCAGCCAUGCCCUGCAUGUGGCGCCCGAGGUGCAGUCAGUGCCACGCCUACUCUACGCCAAUGCCGAGUUCAUUGGCCAACUGGAUCUGGACACGCGCAGUCGCCGCCGUUUGGUGCACACAGCCAGUCCGGUGGAGCAUUUGGUCGGCAUCGAAGGCGAACAGCGUCUGCUGUGGGUCAACGAGCAUGUGGAGUUGCUGACCCAUGUCCCCGGCUCGCCGCCCGCCAAAUUGGCCCGCAUGCGGGCCGAGGUGUUGGCCCUCACCGUCGACUGGGUGCAGCGCAUCGUCUACUGGGCCGAACUGGAUGGCAGCGGAACGGCACAGGCGGCAGUGAUCCAUCGCCUGGAUCUGUGCCACUUCGAGGGCCGCAUCCUGCAGGGUCAACGUGUGUGGAGCACCGCCCGGGGUCGUCUGUUGCGCGAUCUGGUGGCCCUGCCCCAGGCACGCACUCUCCUCUGGCUGGAGUACGACCAGGGUGCACCGCGCAACGGUUCCCUCAGUGGUCGGAAUCUAACCGAUGGCUCCGCCCUGCAGUUGCACACGGUGCAGCCAAUCAGCCGGCUGUAUGCCGGCAGUUUGGAGCCCGGUGCCGAGACUCUCAACCUGGUGGAUCAGCAGGGCAAACUGUGCGUCUACGAUGUGGCCCGCCAGCUGUGCACGGCCAGCGCCCUGCGGGCGCAGCUCAGUCUGCUGGGCGAGGACGCGGCGGCCGGACAGCUGGCCCAGGAUUCGGGCUACCUGUAUGCCCUGAGGAACGUAAGCAUACGCGCCUACGGACGACGCCGUCAGCAGCUGGAGUAUAUGGUCGAACUGGAGCCGGACGAAGUGCGUCUGCUGCGGGCCCACAACUAUCAGGCAUAUCCGGCCAAAAAGUGCCUAAUCCUGCCACCGGCUAUGGCAUCUCCUCCAGCGGAGCCCGUCUGCGAGGAGCGGCAAUGUCUGCUGCACUUGCCAUUGCCAAAGGGUGACGAGGAUUGCACACUGCCCGUGCCCGGGGUACGGUAUCAAUUGAAUCUCACUUUGGCCAGCGAUAAGGAGGAGGUGGAGGUAUCAUCCCCUAGCGAGGAGCCCCUGUUCCAGUGGCUGCUCAGUGCCGGAGAUGACUUAAACAUCACCGAACUCCAGCCCUUUACCCGGUAUCGUUUGAAGGGCAGCCUCAGCAACUACUACCAAAGGAGGCUGGGAUUGGCCAGUCUGGUUAUGCCACCGCUGGAGCUGACCACUGCCUCGGCCACGCCCUCCGCCCCCCGUAACUUUAGCGUCCGUGUGCUGAGUCCGCGCGAACUGGAGGUCAGCUGGCUGCCGCCGGAGCAGCUGCGCAGCAAUAGUGUCUACUACAUGCUGCACUGGCAGCAGGAGCAGGAUGGCGAGGAUGGCGAGGAUGGCGAGGAUGCCCCGAAUGGAGGCCUUAAGAAGGAGCCACAGGAGCGUCGUCUGGAAAAGGCGGGCACACAUCGCCUGGCGGGAAUAAAGCCGGGAUCAGGCUAUCGCCUCUGGGUGCAAGCCCAUGCCACGGCCAGCAAGAGCAACGCCAGUGGCCAGGUGCAUGUGCGCAGCUUUGCUGAUCUGCCGGAGCUACAGCUCCUCGAACUGGGACCCUAUUCGCUGAGUCUCACCUGGGCCGGCACCACCGAUCCGCUGGGAUCGCUGCUGCUGGAGUGCCGUUCGUCGGCGGAGCAACUGCGUCGCAAUGUGGCUGGCAACUAUACGCGCAUGGUGGUGGAGCCACUGCAGCCGAGGACACGCUACCAGUGCCGCCUGCUCGUCGGGUAUGCGGCCACGCCGGGGGCUCCACUGUACCACGGUGCGGCCGAGGAGUACGAGACGCUGGGCGAUGCACCCAGCCAGCCGGGCAGGCCGCAGCUGGAGCACAUCGCCGAGGAGGUGUUCCGGGUGACCUGGACGGCGGCCAGGGGCAAUGGAGCCGCCAUUGCUCUAUACAAUCUGGAGGCAUUGCAGGCGCGGCGCAAGAGUCGACGUCGACGGCGACGGAGGAGGAGGCGGGCGGAUGGGGAUGGGGAUGCGAAUGCGGACAGCGGGGGAUCCGUUGAGCGGCUGCCAUGGGCCGAGGAGCCGCCGGUGGUGGAGGACCAGUGGCUGGACUUCUGCAACACCACCGAGCUGAGCUGCAUCGUGAAGAGUCUGCACACCAGCCGGCUGCUCCUGUUCCGGGUGCGGGCCCGCAGUGUGGAGCACGGCUGGGGGCCGUACAGCGAGGAGAGCGAGCGGGUGGCCGAGCCCUUCGUCUCGCCGGAGAAGCGCGGCUCUCUGGUCCUGGCCAUCAUUGCGCCGGCGGCCAUCGUCUCCAGCUGCGUCCUCGCCCUGGUUCUCGUGCGCAAAGUGCAGAAGCGUCGCCUGCGAGCCAAGAAACUGCUCCAGCAGAGCCGUCCCAGCAUUUGGAGCAAUCUGUCCACCCUGCAGACGCAACAGCAACUGAUGGCCGCCCGGAAUCGCGCCUUCUCCACAACGCUGAGUGAUGCGGACAUUGCCCUGCUGCCGCAGAUCAAUUGGAGCCAAUUGAAGCUGCUGCGCUUCCUGGGCAGCGGAGCCUUUGGCGAGGUCUACGAGGGUCAGCUGCAGACGGAGCACUCCGAGGAGCCGCAGCGGGUGGCCAUCAAGAGCCUGCGCAAGGGAGCGAGUGAAUUUGCUGAGCUGCUGCAGGAGGCUCAGCUGAUGAGCAACUUCAAGCACGAGAACAUCGUCUGUCUGGUGGGAAUCUGCUUCGACACCGAGUCCAUCUCCCUGAUCAUGGAGCACAUGGAGGCCGGCGAUCUGCUCAGCUACCUACGAGCCGCUCGGACCACCAGCACUCAGGAACCGCAACCCACCGCAGGCCUCUCGCUGUCCGAGCUCCUGGCGAUGUGCAUCGACGUGGCCAACGGGUGCAGCUACUUGGAGGACAUGCACUUCGUGCACCGCGACCUUGCGUGUCGGAACUGUCUGGUCACGGAGUCGUCGGGCGGCACGGAUCGGCGGCGCACGGUGAAGAUCGGGGACUUUGGACUGGCGCGGGACAUCUACAAGAGCGACUACUACCGGAAGGAGGGCGAGGGACUGCUGCCCGUGAGGUGGAUGUCGCCGGAGAGCCUCGUCGACGGACUGUUCACCACGCAGUCGGACGUGUGGGCCUUCGGGGUCCUGUGCUGGGAGAUCCUCACGCUGGGGCAGCAGCCGUAUGCGGCGAGGAACAACUUCGAGGUGCUGGCCCACGUGAAGGAGGGCGGACGGCUCCAUCAGCCGCCCAUGUGCCCGGAAAAGCUUUACGGACUUCUGCUGCUUUGCUGGCGAACGGAUCCGUGGGAGCGGCCCAGUUUCCGGCGCUGCUACAACACACUCCACGCCAUCAGCACCGAUCUGCGGCGCAGUCAAAUGGCAUCCGCAUCCAGUACGACGGACUCGGUCGGCAGCUCCAAGCCGGAGUUUAGAGUGCGAUUCGAUGGAGAGCCGCCGGAGGAGAAGGAGCAGAAGGAUCAGAAGUAUGAAGAGGAGCAGCUAGAGUCGGAGAAUCUCUCGCUGCGGGAAUCUCCCGGCGGGGAUUCCAUUCCGCUAAAGGAUAAACAACUGUAUGCCAACGAAGGCGUCUCCCGGCUUUAAAAGGGGACCUCCUCAAUCUUCACAACAAAUGUCUCAAGCGAAGUGGUCAAAUUUAUAACCACUAACUAGUUUUCCGAUUAAUCUAAGCCAGCUUUAAUUUGUAAGCCAUUGUAAUGUCACAUUUGCAUUCAAUUUUGAGUUAAGAAACUAUUUUCGAAUACGAAAGUUUUGGGGAACCAUUGCCAUAUAGAUUAUGCAACAAAUUAAUUUAUUUGUAAUAUUUCAAUAUAUUAUUACUUCAGAAAGACCUUCCUACGAAUACGUCACUGUUUUCUAUUUUUAACAUAUGGUAAUGCUGAAUUCCAAAAAUGAGUAGUUCGAAACGAACUCCGUAAACAUUAAGGUUAAGGAUUACUGAUUAAAACUGAAAUAAAAAAAAACUUUUUUUGAGUAUGUUAUAUGUAUAUUUUUUGCUUAAGCUAAAUAAUCAAUUUUUUUUGUUAUAUAUGGCAUAAUAUAUAUUUUUUUUGCUUUGAUAUACAGAUUUUAAGCUUUCAAAAUGUUUGACUUUUAAUAAAUUCAGAUAUGGUA